UGUGACACUUGCGUAUAAAGAAUUAUAUUUCAUGCUCAUUUGGAUAUAGAAAAAACCGUCGCAGUGCACCGCUGUGCGACUAAUAGCAUCUGAAUAAUUUAAAGUUACUUAAUGAUAUCAUUUCAAAUGAAAAGUGAAAAUGAGAGUGCUCCGAUGCAAUCGAGAUAUUUUAAUGCACAAUUUUUAUGGCUGCUUUAUGGCGGAUGUUAUUAUUGAUAGGUCGGGGAAAAAAUAAAUUUGUGCUGUAAAAUAACAAACGGGAUAUAGUUUGUGGAUAAGGCUACGCUUUACAACUAAAUACUAAAAAUAGAAAUGUUAUGGUUUUGGAUUGCAUAAUAAUAACUGUAAACUUCUUUUUUGUUCGUAAUUUUAUUCAAGUAAAUAACGAUCAAGUAAACACAUGCAGGACUGCGCAUGAACGAUUUUGCAUGUUUUUGUGUGUGUCGAGGUUAUUAGUUCACUGAGAGAUAUGAGCACAAAAUGGCCGCCAAACGUGAUUUCCGCAAAUCCAUGGUUCUUUUAUAUGCUGUCGCAAGGCAACAUCAAUACAGAUGCUAUGAACAACAAUCUACAGGAUUCUGUCCGGCAUGGUAGUACAAGUAGUGCGGGCAGUUACCGUAGUAACGGAGCCCCAAGUGGAGUUAAUAGUCCAACUACUCCACAUCCACACAAUGGCACAAGUGGUCCACCAUUGGUGAUACCACAACCAGUAAAGCCAGCCCAGAACAAAUCGGGGAGUAAAACAUAUCAAUGUAAAAUGUGUGAUCAGAUUUUCUCUUCAAAGUCAGACAUGUUGAUUCAUUGUCAACAAGUUCAUAAAACUGAGAUGAAGACAUACAGUCCAUCUGCAUUUAGAUGCCCCCAAUGUCAGAAGUGUUUUGCGAAUUCAUCUUAUCUGUCACAGCACAAUAGAAUACAUGCCGGAAUAAAGCCGUACAAAUGUGAAAUUUGUGAACGAAAAUUUACCCAGUUGUCACAUCUACAGCAGCAUAUACGUACACACACUGGUGAGAAACCUUACAAAUGCCACCACUCUGGGUGUGGGAAAGCUUUCUCUCAACUAUCAAAUCUUCAGUCACACUCUAGAAGUCACAUGACAGAUAGACCAUACCGUUGCAACUCGUGCUACAAGUGCUAUGCUGACGAGGCCGGUCUAAGAGAGCAUAUACCGAAACACAGCGAAACGAAACACAUAAAGACGCAAAUUUGUAAAAUUUGUGGGAAAGCAUACACGCAAGAGACUUACUUGGCACGGCACAUGCUUAAACAUACAGGAGAGAAUGCGAAGUUACAAGGCCAGAGGGCGCCAGUCAAGCAAGAACCGUCAGAUCAUUCCAGUUUAGAAUCAGCAGUUGAUUUUACAAGAAUUUUGGAUCGCGUAGAUCACAGAGCUCAAGAAAAUGCAACGCCAGCAUUAAAAAGUCCUGGAUCGUCGGUGUCAUCAGCAUUUAUGCCGCUAGCUCAGUUCGGCACGACCAGCUCAAAUAAUUCAGCAUAUCCGUACGGAUCGGGGCUAAAUUCUGGACUGUCGUCUGCUUUGUCAAAUAGCAAUUUAAGCCCCUCCCUGCCACAUAUAUCAUCGAUGUCGAAUCCACGCUACUUUCCUUACGACCCAUUAGGAUUUAGAAAAUCAGAUCCUGUUGACAGAUUGGUCAGUGAACGUCUUGUCAACGAUAGACUUGUGAAUGAUAGACUUGAUCGUAAUAUGAAUAUGCCUAUGACAACUAGGCCAGAUAGCAUGUUAGCUAAUAGUUUCUUAAGUUUGCAGCAUAUCAAAAAUUAUGCUUCCCAGCAGAUGCCACCAUCUUUUUCCCCAUGUCCAAGUAAUUCUAGGUUAACAUAAAAGCAGCAGCAUCAUGUGAUUGCUAUUUAUAGAAUGCUAUUUAUAGAAAUUCUAUUUAUAAACAUUAUAUAAGCGGAAACAUAGUUUCACUUCUAAGUGCAUUUAGGUAAUAUGGAUCUGAAAGAUAAAUUGCCAAAAAUGUGCUGUGCCAAGUGAAAAGCUUUACUGUGGUUUUAAUUGAUGUAUUUUAAAAUGACCUGAAUAUAUCUAUUAUGAGGUUUUUUGUGUGAAUGUGUUGUACACUUAUUCUGUGUUUAUUAACACGGACAAGAACUUACAAUAUUUUUUAAAGCAAUCAACAUAAGCUUCACUUUGAGAGAAAUUAAUCAUUUCUUGUAUCGAACAGAUUAUUCUUUUAUAUACAUAUUUCAAAAUUACUUAAAAUUUAGAACUAUCAAACAAACCAGGUCCAAAUUGAAUUAUUUACUUAUGAAUACAUUGUGUCAUAAUUUUCUGGCAGCAAAAAUAUUAGUGUGAUUUUAGCUAUGAUCCAAUUAAAAAACGAAGAGUGGGGACAUAAAAAGAGAUCAUCUUUUAUGGAAGCACUCAUGAUUUCCCAUCAUCAGUCUCCCUCACAUUGACAUGGAUCAAUAUUAUGUAUUUUCAUGAAUAUUUCAUGUAUAUGUCAUGCAUUGUGAAUUAGUGUAUCUGCACAGUUUAGAUCUCUGGAACAUUUUCCAACAAAAUCUCCGUCACUGACGAUAUAAAACCCUCCCCAUAACUAGAGCAUAAUGUAAAAGACUGCAUGAAUUCUUGUAGGCUACAAAAUUCUGUUUUCGACAGUUUUAUUAGCAUUUAAUCAUUGGUUUAAAUUAAAAAACAAGAUGUUUUUCAAGUUGUAAUGAUUUCACAUGCAUCUCUUUUUUUUUAAGAAGAUAGUAUUUACCUCCCUUAUUUGUAUGGAGCAAUUAUUUCUUUUAUUUAACAGGCCAUUGCUCAUUAAGUCAGAGGCACCAAACAACAACAACAACAACAAAAUAAACCAGGACAUGAGCAAAUAAAGAGCCUGUCUUAUAAAUGAAUAAAUACUAUACUUGAAAAUUCCUGGAAAAUCUUGCGUUAAAAAUAGACUUUAUGGUGUUAUGAUAAUUUAUUUAUAUCUCUUUCCAUUAAUUUUCUAUGGCAAAUCUGUCAUUUUUUGCUGUAUAAAUCAAAUACGGUUAGGUGAUAUUCAUCGUAAAGUAGUUUUUUUGUAUUAAAUUUGUUAAAUUAUGUGCAAAAUUGCAUACUUAGUUUAUACAUUUUCGAUAUUUUUUUGUUUUACACAAAAUAGUGAGAGUAAAAAAACACAUAAAUUUACAGUUAAAAAAAAAUUGAGAUUGAUACCUUGUGAUUGAUCAUCCCCCAUCAGUUUGCUGGGUGGAGAAGUUGUCCAGUACAAGAGUAACUAGAUAAUUAAAUAACACUGAUGUUGUAAUAAUGGAAUAUUUGUGCAUAAUGUGACACUGUCUUGAUGAGGGAACUUUUAACUUUCUAAGAACAAUUUGUUUUAGGCAUGGUUUUAAAGAGGGGAAAGUUGAGAUUGGCAGCAUUCUAACAUGCAUUUGUUUGUUUUUAGUUGUUGUUGUUUUUUCUAACUUUUCGAUCCCUUUCUUGUUUGUUCUAAACCAUUUUGCCAGUUUGGAAAUAAACUUUCUAUUGUACCUUACAAAAGAAAAGGAAACAUUUGCUGGUGAACUUUCAGAAAUAUGUGAAAAAAGCUGCAAAAGAAUAUUGAAUGAUACUAGUAUAGACAUUAUGAAAUUAACUCAAUUUUACAAAAACUACCCAAAAGUAGUGGAAUGCAUGUAAAGUGUUAAAAGUGAUGACUGUUGUUUUUGAUGUUAUAUUUCACCAGAAAACUAGAAAAUAACUUAUCUAUGAACUAUUACUAGUUAGGACAGUAUUAUGUAUAGAUCAAUGAUAUAAAUAGUUCCACAUUUGCUUGUCGUGAGUGUUAUAUUGCUGAACAUAAAAUGGGGAGAAAAGACCCAGAGUAGUUUUCCAUGUUAAAAGUGGUUUGAAAAAAAAAUCUUAAAAAAAAAAUUAAAUUUUUAUGUGUUGUUGAAUGUAUGUAAAAUAAUGUUUCGAGAGAGGAAUACUGAAAACAUUUGUGCAACACUUCUUUCUUUUUUAGGUAAUUGUUUUAUUUAUCUUAAAGAUAUGUAA